GGGGGGGGGGGGGGGGGGGUUGAAAUUCAAACGCCAACCACUAGCUGGUACUGUACCCCAAACCGGACAAAACAGUGUGUUUUUAGAUGUUUUCCGUGAGAAACGGUAUGUUUGAAGUAGAAGAAGAAUACGCUUCAUGUUUAAAUUUUUACAGUUUACCUUUCCUGGGAGGGUUUAUUAAACGAUAAGGCGGCCUUGUAGAGAGCAAUACUACUUCUAGAUGAUGGUGACAUAUAUUAGUGGGUUUUUGAAGGCUAACCAAGUCUUCCGAAAAUCUAACUUGUCAAGGUGUAUCAAGGGAUAUCAAUAAAACUGUUAAGCUCGAGUAGAAAGUCUCGUAAUGGUAGAAAGGAUAAAUUUACUCCAUUAUCCUCUGAGAAUACACCUGAAACAAAUAGUUACGUUAACUUAUUUCCCUUUGCAAGAGGUAUGUGACUCCAAUUACAGUCCUUGACUUUUGAUCUCUCCAUUUGCUUGCAUUCAUUGUUAAUGCUGAUUGCAGACGUUCGACAUUCAGCCCACAAGGAGUGCAUUGAUUAACUGCGAGUAGAUAGGGAGGCUAUCUGGUAAGGGUUAAUUAUAUACGCGGGGUAAGGAAAGGCUAUGGAGAAAUGCCUACAAUAUUUUUAAAAAUAGAUAUUGUUCGGUAGAGUUUUCGUUCGGCCCUACGUCGGGAGGAUGACAUUCGCUGAUCUGUACCGCUCCAAGGAGUCGGUAUUGCUAAAACGUCUACAUUGGUUCAUUGUCCUGUGCCCCCACACGCACUUCUUUAGUAAGAGGAAAGCUCAUUUUUCAAAAAAAAACAUUCAGGCCCAGAGAGCAGUCGGAUAGUAAAACAAUACUCGAAAUAUUGCCGGAUGGAAUAAAUAAGCCUGCCAGUAAAGUAGGAGUGUUAAAACGCUGGCGAAUUUGUUAGCAGUUAACAGUCAGUAUUUUCUUACCCCGCGCACAUAACUAAUCCUUGCAAGCUAGCUGUCCAAGAAAUUACGUCAGCAAAUCUGUCGAGUUUCUGAUGCAUCAUGCACUGAUAAGAGAUGUAAGCUCUAAUCACGCUGCAGCUUUCACCUGAGCGGUGUAUCAUACACUUUUGUGGUGGCAGCACCUCCACAUUUUACUGUCUAACUCACGUUGUAGGAAAGGAAGCGGGAAAAAGUACCAUACCUUGGUCAAGUGUUAGCUGUGAAGCAGAGAGUGUGUUGGUACGCCUUGGUGCGGGUCUGUCCGUGCCAGCCACCUGCGCCCUCCCCCACCUCCGGUCUUCCGUCUGUGUUUUGACACCGAGUCCAAGCGAGGAGAGGAGUAGAUUAAGUGACUGAUCUCAUGAAAUGUUGGCCGAAAUUCUGAAAUGCGUUUGCGAUUAGGAGGGAUUACUUAGGUGGGAUUGUAGUACCAAUUAGUAUGUGGCAUAAUCUAAUAGUAUUUCGGCCACCCCAGGAUGUCUGAUUUUGAAUGCACAUCUUUUUGCCCUCCUGAAGAAACCGCACUCGGUGCAAAUUGACUACUUAUGUAGCAUGCAUUUUUUACAUUGAUUUUUAGUGGUUCUAAAAAACAGGCACAAAAUAGGCUUUCUUUUACUCUUUUGGUGGGAAAUCACAUUGUUCUCACAUUUUAUACCCGACGAAAGUGUAUAUUUAGGUUUUAAAAAAUUUCUUAUGAUGAGAGUUUUAAAACCGUGCGAUGUGCAUUCCUACAGCUUUGUACAUGUCCGUUUAUCAAUGCUACUCAUGAAAUGUUCAACAUAAUCCGCAUCCAUUGUAAAAUUUUAGGAACUCUAUAUGGCAUCUGUUUAAAGACGUAGAGGAAUACAUAAUUUUUCUCAUGCGGAAGGUGUACACUUUGUAGACUAAAAUAGUUAAACGCUAAUGAACACUCUGAUCUGACUCAAAAUUACUCGGAAAUUGGAAAACUUUUUUAAAACCUAAAUAUGCAUUUUCUUCGGGUAUAAAAUGACAGAACAAUGUCAUUUUCUACCAAACGAGUUAAAGAAACCAUAUUUUUAUGCCUGUUUUUUAUAAAAUGUAUCUAAAUUUAUAGAUCCAUUGAAAAUCAUUGUAAAAAAUGCAUGCUACGUAAGUAGUCAAUUUGUUCCGAGUGUGGUUUCUUCAGGAAGGCAAAAAGAAGUGCAUUCAGCAGCAGACAUCCUGACGAGCCCGAAAUACUAUAACAUUCUGCCACAUAAUAAUCAGUACUACAAUCCCACCUAUCUAAUUCCUCCUAAUCGAAAAGGCAUUUCAGAAUUUUGGCCAACGUUUCAUGAGGUCGGUCACUCAAUGUAGAUAGCGCGGUAGAUGCCGAUCAAGUCUUCCGUCAGUAUAAACUAAGUCACAUGCAAGUCACCGUGCCUGCUUCACCUUGUUAUUGGAGCCUAUGCUGAACAUCGUCAGACGCGGUAGGUGAGCUGGACCAACAACGGGGACCACAUCGGUGCUCGGCAGGCGUUGUCGGGAUUUCACACACACCAUAGCAAAUGCCAACAUUCAAGGUGUGGUGGCAGGCCCAGUUGCCGGCUUACGUCGCGCCAACUGGGAUCCCUGCGCCCACCGACUGCCCAAGGCAGUCCUGAUACAUGCCGUAGCACGCUCUAUCUUUUACGAAUGCUUUUGAAUUACGAUGUCUCAAUGUUAAUCAAGUAGUUGGUUUUUCCUUUCCAAAUGCACAAGUGUAUCUGGAACCGGCAGUAAUUGCUGUUUCUGUCUUGAUUAUGGAGACAGAAAGACAGCGGCGCAGUUCGGCUUUAAGGAGCCAAGACCGGGAGCAUUCAACCGUUCACUUUGAACAUAUGAUAGGGGAGCACUAAUACUGUAAUUCUGGUUGUUUUCCACGUGCUUGCAUCUGUUUUGUAGGACUACUGUGGACCCCAAGAGGCCCUAUAAGGUGGGAAAUGCCUGCAGUGAAUGCCCAGCUGAUUUUCCAAUCUGUGAAAACAGAAUGUGUGCAGCCGCGCCCCUUGGCAGUCAGUCUGGCAGCGAGCCAGAUGUAGUACCUCCGAAGCCUGAAAUCAGACCGGCUCCUUCGCCAAGUCCUCAACCGUCCUCGCAGGUUCAACCUAGGACCACGCCUCCACCGAGUCCGGAGACGAUGGAAGAGACAGGGGAGGAGGUAAAGGAGGCGGUUCUUAUUUCAGCAGAUGCCGAACCAACCACUACGAGCAAGAGUUCAAAGAAUAUCUUCGGGUUCCUUAAUGGCUUCACCUUACUCAUCAGCACUGUUCUCCUUCAUUACGGAUAUUCAAAUUAG